AUGGUGUAUCCCUGGAGUGGACGGAACAUGCGCUAUACCUACAUGGAUCAUCCCCCCUGGACUUGGGCGGAACUACAUCCGGACGGCACCGUAGAACUCAAGGGAAUACUGGGCGGUUUGCAUCAUCAUCUCAUGCAGGCCCUCAAUAUGACUUACACCGUCCAGAAGCCCAUCGACGGCUGGUAUGCGAUGGGUUUCCCGAACGGAACCCUGAUGGGAAUGCCGCGCAUGAUCGAAGACGAUUUCGCCGACAUCUCAACGGGUCCACAGCCCAGGAAUGCAGUAUAUUUUGCGAAGCUUCAUUUCAGCCCGAUAGUCGUCGAGUCCAUGUUGACCAUGUUGUCAGGCAUGAAGACUGCGUUCGUUACUCGAGCUCAAAGUUUCAGUGGCUCGUUCGACGGAUAUACUUGGCUGUUCCUAUUCACGUCGUUCAUUCUCGCCACAUUCAUCGUGGCUAUUCAUAUCGCUCUCGUUCUGAAGAAACCUUGGCCGGUCUCUGCUUCUUCCGAUUACGCCGUCGAGCUCUUCGCGAUGCUCGUCCAAGAAGGGGUUCACUCCAAGUUCACGGCACCAUCGGCACGGAUAAUGAGCGGUUUCUGGUUGAUGACAUCCUUCAUUCUGGCUCUAUCCUUUACUGGACAGAGCAGAGCCAAUCUUGUUGUCAGGGCGCCAACGGAGCGAUUGAACACCCUCGAAGAAUUCUUGAAGAACCCCCGCCUGAUCUCCAUACACCUGGCGAACACGAGACUAAUGGAUAUGAUAACCGAGAUACCGGAAAUCGGACCUCGUAUUAAGGAACAUUUCGAGAGGACCGCCGUCGCUUACGGAGUCGAUCGAAUCUUCUCUGAUGAGUCACAGGAAUUGCUUGCUUCCAAAAAAGCAGUCAUCUUUCUCGACCGCUUACUACUCAAGACAAGGGUCAACGCCUGGUGUCCGAAAACCAAGUACUUCUACUACAUAUCACCUGAGGAUUUCGGGGAUCUACGGAGUACAUUCCUCGCGAGCCGCAGGCUAGGUCGACGAAUGCUGCACACUAUGGAUCUACACAUAUAUUGGUUCCAGGCGAUGGGUCUCAGAUUCAUGAAGGAUCGUGAUCUCUUCAAAGGUCACGAUGACUGCAUCCCAUCGAGUCGCAUGGAAUUCCCUACUGAAAUCAAGGCAACAACGAUGAUGGACCUCCAGUCUGUGUUUCGUACCUACGUCUUCAGUAUCGGGGUGUCUGUCGCGGGUUUCUGGCUCGAGAUUCUUUGGCAUCUCGUGCUCUAUAACUUUUGUUCCCAAACUAGUCGAAAAUAA